AUGCGCCAACAUCUUCUUGAAGCUAUUCGCAAGAAAAAAGCUCCACACAAAGUGGGAAGCUUGAGAGGAGUAGCAAUUUCAAAAAUUGUGUCCAGCAGCAACAAGAUUCUAGCUUUGUCCUACGAUGGGGAUGUGCAUUUCUGGCAAAGAACGGAUUCCGACCAGCCGGGAAGCAGUUUCGAAAAUGGAAACCUCAUCUUUGCCACGAUUUCAACAGCCAUUGGCAGAGUGAAGGAUAUUGCAGCCGUAUAUCAUGACGACGUGCAGAAUUUUGCUGCAAUUACCGAGACAGAUGACGUUUACAUUUGGCAGCAAUGCAAUGGUGAAACCCUUUCGAGUCCAACACUGACGUCAUUUUCAACGUUGGACCAAGUUUUCGCUCAGCAGGCACGCACAUUCCGACCCUUGAAAUCGGAAGAAGAGAAAGUCAUCCCAGGAAAAAUCAUUGCGAAAUCUUCUCUGAACGAAUGUGCUCAACAAUUUAUGGACGAUACGGAAACGUCUGAUUUCGCGUUUGUGGUUGAGGGUAAGAAGAUCCACGUCCACAAAUUGAUUUUGAUGAUGCGAUGCGCCGUCUUCAAGACCAUGUUUCAAGGCGAUUGGAAAGAGAGCAACACUAGCGAGCAAACAGUCGAAGGGCACAGCUACGUCGCUUUUUACGCCUUCAUGAAAUACUUCUACACGGACGAAAUCGACUUGCCACCAGAUUCCGCACUCGAGCUGCUUGCUUUGGCGCAUUUCUACCACCUUCCCGCGCUGCAAGAGAAAUGCGGAAAAUUCAUCAAAAGGGGCGUGACGGUGGAAAACGCAGCUGCGAUUUUCGAGAAAGCGAUUCAGUACGAAGCCAAGGAACUUGAGGAGUACGUGUUCAAGUUCUGCGUGGAUCACAUGACUGGCGUGAUAAGCAGUGACGGCUUCAAGACUUUGAAACCAGAUACCUUAUCAGAGCUUCUCAGGCGCGCGGCACAGCACGGUGCAUUCAAGAAUUGAUUAUUUUGUUGCUUUGUUAUCGUUUAAA